UGCUAUUUUCCCCUACUCUGGUGAUCUUGUUCUCUUCCCUGUGUCCUAUUGCCCUUCUUUUCCAAGGGAAUCUGCGAGUUGUUUACCAUGCCCCCAACAACGAACUUUUUCACCGCCCUCUUGCUUUUUUUCCCCUGCAUAUCCCAGUUUGUUCGCGUCAUGAAGGCACGCGAUCAUCCGGGGGAUCCGUCGUGUCGGGCAAACAUGUUUACAAGGAUAGACUGGCUAAUUAUAUGUUUUGUAGCUCAAUGUGGAACUUCCGGAGAUGGUCAAGGGUGUUUUCUCCAACCAGAUUGAGUCACAGAUUGCCUGCACAACCAAGUUCAGGAAGCUGCUCUCCAAGGAGCGCAACCCUCCCAUCGAGCGUGUUAUCGAGACAGGUGUCGUAAGCCGUUUCGUGGAAUUCCUCCGGUCCGCGCAUACUUUGGUUCAGUUCGAGGCUGCUUGGGCCUUGACCAACAUUGCCUCCGGUUCUGCCCAGCAGACCCAGGUUGUUAUCGAAGCUGGUGCUGUGCCUAUCUUCGUCGAGCUUCUGAGCAGUCCUGAACCCGAUGUUAGGGAACAGGCAGUUUGGGCAUUGGGUAACAUUGCUGGUGACAGCCCUCAAUGCCGUGACUUCGUUCUUGGUGCCGGCGCCCUCCGUCCUUUGUUGACCCUCAUCAGCGAUGGCCGCAAGCUGAGCAUGCUUCGCAACGCGACAUGGACUCUGAGCAACUUCUGCCGUGGAAAGACACCGCAGCCCGACUGGAACACUAUUGCUCCUGCCCUCCCCGUUCUUGCCAAACUCAUUUACAUGCUUGACGAUGAAGUGUUGAUCGACGCAUGCUGGGCUAUCUCCUACCUGUCUGAUGGUGCCAACGACAAGAUCCAGGCCGUUAUCGAAGCCGGCAUUCCUCGUCGCCUGGUAGAACUCCUCAUGCACGCCUCUACCUCUGUCCAGACUCCCGCCCUCCGUUCCGUUGGUAACAUUGUGACCGGUGACGAUGUCCAGACUCAGGUGAUCAUCAACUGCGGUUCUCUCCCUGCCCUUCUCUCUCUCUUGAGCUCGACAAAGGACGGUAUCCGCAAGGAGGCAUGCUGGACCAUUUCCAACGUGACUGCCGGUAACUCUAGCCAGAUCCAGGCGGUCGUCGACGCUGGAAUCAUCCCCCCAUUGAUCAACUUGCUUGCCAACGGUGACUUCAAGACCCGCAAAGAGGCCUGCUGGGCUAUCUCCAACGCCACCUCCGGUGGUCUGCAAAAGCCCGACCAGAUCCGCUACCUUGUCUCUCAAGGAUGCAUCAAGCCCCUCUGCGACCUUCUUGCUUGCCCUGACAACAAGAUCAUCCAGGUUGCUCUCGACGGCUUGGAGAACAUUCUCAAGGUUGGCGAGAUGGACAAGGAGACUGCCCAGACUGGCGACGCCCGUGUCAACCGCUACGCCCUGUUUAUUGAAGAGGCAGGCGGUAUGGAGAAGAUCCACGAUUGCCAGAACAACGCCAACGAGGAGAUCUACAUGAAGGCAUACAACAUCAUCGAGAAGUACUUCUCUGAUGAGGAAGAAGCUGGUGGUGAUAUUGAUGAGAUUGCUCCUCAGCAGACACAAGCAGGGUUCACCCUUGGAACUGCUCAGCAACAGCCUGGCGGAUUCAACUUUGCCAACGGCGGUGAUUCGAUGGAUAUGUAAAAUUGGGAUUCUCAAUCACAAUUUAAUUUCAACGUUCAACUCUUGCCGUUGACUUGCUGCUUUCAGUAUGCUCUUCCCUCUGCUAUAUCUAUUCUGGCGGUGCCGUCACUAUCUGACCGAUUACAGAGAUGGUUUC